UGCAAUGUAGCUUCUUUAUUCUUAAUUCAAACUCAAGUAAGUGAUAACCCAAAUUUUGAUGAUGUCAGCUAUGGUUACAAUAAUAUUGAUGGCUUCUUGAUGACUUCUAUAAAGAAUACAAAUGUCCUCAAAUCACGUGACAGUUCUGCGAAGCUAAUUCGUGAGCUAAAUGGUCACACCGGUUACGUUGGUUGCCUCCGGUUCAUCGACGAUCAGCAUUUACUAACUUCUUCUGGAGAUAAAACUUGUGCUUAUUGGGACGUGGAAAGUGCGAAAAUCUUAACAAGCUUCCGUGAUUAUGCAAACGACGUGACCGCAAUCGCCUUUUCCAAACAAGUUCUCAUCAUGUUUGUGUCUUCCUCCUCCGAUCAUGCUUUCACUGGAACUGUUCAGUACUUUGAAGGGCACCAACAAGAUGUCAGUGGCGUGGACUUUUUCCUUGGAAAUUUCUACGCAUUUGCGUCAUCCUCGGACGAUGGUUUGUGUCGCUUACAGGAUCUCCGGGCCAAUCAGGCUAUUGGUGUCUGCGGCAGUAGUAGUGUGGCUAUAUCGAAAUCCGGACGGUUACUAGUUGCUGGUUAUGAUGAUUUCAAUUGUCACGUAUGGGAUCUCCUCCGCGAGGAACGUGUGGGAAUUUUGUCCGCGCACAAGAAUCGUGUCUGUUGCGUGACUAUUUCUGAAAGUGGUGUUAGUGUGGCUACCGGUUCUUGGGACACGACCUGCUUAAUCUGA